CACAAGCUUAACGUGCCACAACGUUUUGAUCCACUUUAAUUCCUGUUAGUGGCAUGGCAAGAUAAAACCAAUCCAUACAUCCCAAAUAAUUCCCAAUAUAAUUAAAGAACAUAUAAUUAAUUUCAUGAGGGAGAAGAAAUGAAGACUCAAAGCACAUUUUGGGUCCUUGUUUUCUUGCUUCUCCUUACCUCCUACGCGUGCCACGCGUUACCGGACGUCUCCGGUUUCCAACAAUGCAUGACCCGUAACUCUUGGGGCGACGAAACCUAUGUUUCUUCCGACAUUUACGCCGCAAACAACUCGUCGUUCUUAUCCAUCCUCGGGUCCCGCAUCCAGAACACCAGGUUCAACACCUCGGACACUCUAAAGCCUCUCGUCGUAGUGACUCCGAGGCACGAGUCCGAGGUGCAGGCGGUGAUUCUUUGUGCCAAAGAACAGGACUUGCAAGUACGCGUCCGGGGAAACGGGCACGAUUACGAAGGACUCUCGCACACGAGCUACUUUGGGAACCAAUUCUUGAUCCUUGAUCUAGUGAACUUCAAGAACAUCACCGUGGACGCCGUGGAGAAGACGGCGUGGGUGGGGGGCGGGUCGACUCUAGGGGAACUUUACUACCGGAUUUCGGAGAAGAGCAGGGUUCUCGGUUUUCCGGCCGGCGUCUGUCCCUCGGUCGGGGUGGGCGGGCACAUAAGCGGGGGAGGGUACGGCGCGAUGUUGAGAAAGUACGGCCUCGCGGCAGAUAACGUGAUCGACGUGCGCCUCGUCGACGCGCGCGGGCGAAUCCUCGACCGCGAGUCGAUGGGGGAGGACGUCUUCUGGGCCAUCAGAGGAGGGGGAGGGAACACUUUUGGUGUAAUACUUGCAUGGAAACUGAAUUUAGUCGACGUGCCGGAAAACGUCACGGUCUUCAGUGUUGGCAAAUUUCUUGACCCAAACGUGACAAAUCUUGUGCAUAAAUGGCAAACGGUUGCUCCCACCUUACCCAAAGAGUUAUUCGUUAGAGCCAUCGCGGUUGGAUCCUUACACAAGAUCUAUGUCAAUUUCAACUCGUUGUUCCUCGGACCCAUCGAAAAACUUCUUCCAAUUUUAAACGAAAGGUUACCCGAGCUAACAUUGACACGAGAAAACCUAACGGAGUUAAGCUGGGCGAAAUCCCUCUUAUACAUUGAUGGAUACCCUAACGCGCCCCUAACAGAUCUGCUGAAUGCCACCGUUAACAACGGAAAACCGAACAACUUUAAAGCCAAGUCCGACUUUGUAAGGGAACCGAUUCCUUUAGAAGGGUGGGAGGGGAUUUGGCGUUUGCUCCGUCGAAAUUUAACGGGCGUGAUCGUCCUAACGCCGUAUGGCGGGAGAAUGGAAGAGAUAACGGAGUUUGCAACUCCGUCUCCUCAUAGAGGUGGGAAUUUGUUCAUAAUUCAACAAAUGGUGUUUCGGAGCCAAGAAGGGAGUGAUGCAAUGGAAGAACGUGUGAGUUGGAUAAGAAGGUUAUAUGAAUACUUUGAGCCAUAUGUUUCAAAGUCUCCAAGGGAAGCAUUUGUGAACUAUAGGGAUCUUGACAUUGGACAAAACCACAAUGUCAAUUGUUCAACCUAUGAAGAUGCUAAGGUUUGGGGGAUCAAAUAUUUUAAGAACAAUUUUGACAAGUUAGUCAGAGCUAAGACGAUGAUUGAUCCUCAAAACUUCUUUAGGAACGAACAAAAUACAUAUCAUAUUAUCAUGGGGAAAGAGGAGGAGGGGGAAGAAGUGGCCGCCGCCGCCGUCACUGCGGAGGGGUGCAAGACGCCGGAGAGAGAAGACUGCCGAAUCUGUAGGGCGGCCUCCCCGCCACCGCCUCCGCGGAAGAAGCGGCACGUCGGAAAAGGGGCGGCGGCGGUGCCAACCGAGAUUGCGUUUUUCCGGUCACCUGAGGUUGACCUUUUCUUUGCCAUGCAACCUCGCCGACGUCAAGUCUUCUCCAUAGUGGAGUAGCUAGCUAGCUAGGUCGUUUAUUGGGGUAAACGGCCGGAUAUAUAUAUAUAUAUAUAUAUAUAUAUACUCCCUCCGUCCAAAAAAGAACUUCCCGGUUUGACCGGGCACGCAUAUUAAUGUGUGAUAAAAUUUGCUUUGACUUUCCUAUUUUACCCCUGCAACCUUCCAUCUUUCAAUCUACUGGUACCGAAUCUCUGAUUGCCAACACCCCCGCCGGCGAUUCGCUACCACCGCCAGCGAUUCUCUACCACCGCCGGCGACUCUUUACAGCCGCUGCCGCCAACUCUCUGGAACCAUCGGAUGACUUCGGUGGUUCUUCUUGCCGCCAUCCCUUCCGUAACCCCCUCCCUCGUAGAUCUAAUCUCUUCCAUCCGAGAUUUUGACGGCUUGGGGCAAGGCUAGAAGUAACAAAAGCUUUAUAGAUCUAUGAAAUUGAUGGAGAUUACGUCGAAAAAGGAACAGAUCUGACCAUGGUUCAUCUUGCCCGCCUCUCUCUGGUUCACGUAUGUACCAUGGGAUUUCAUAGAUCUGCUCUUCGAUCUCUGGUUCUUCUUGCCCGCCUCUCUCUGCUCGCUGCUCCCAAUUAUUGGGUGACGGAAGAAAGAUCAAAACAUGGA